AUUAAAAUAUUAUUGUUUACAUUAAUUCUGUAUUAUAUUAAAUAAAGAAAGAUUUAUAUUUCUGCUGUGGAAUUUUACACUUUCUUCAUGGUUCAAUUUGAAUGAUAGCGCCACUAAAUGACUAUGAAAGUUUUCUUGUGGUAGUUGCGUUGAGAAAUGUGCAUAUCUAUUAGCUCUAUUGCUUAGAUAUCGUUUAUAUAUGCACGGUUAAUGUAUAAUGGAUGACCAAUCGGGUGAGGGUACCCAGCAUAAAUUUGUAGAUCGUCUGCGCAGUGGUUUGUUCACUCUUUCCAAGAGAAUGAUUCAACGUAAUUUAUCACGUAUUCAAUCUAACAACCCUGCGGAAUCCGUCACUCCUCGUCAAACUUAUGACAAUUACGGUUUUUCUUUGAAUGACAAUGUAUUUGCUCGUGGUAUCAUCGCCUAUGAAGAUGAAUUCAAUGAGAAGCGUGAGCGUCGCUUAAAGAGAUGGGAAAACAUGAAAUCAAAGAACGAAUGGACUACAUCUACCAAUCCAUUUGCUCUGAAGGUACUGAUUCGGAAGGGAAUACCGGACGAGUACAGGGCCAAAAUGUGGUUCCAAUUAUCUGGAGCAGAUCAAUUGGGCGCUCAGAUAUCGGAUUUAUACCCUAGGCUCGUCUCUCAACCCUUGGCUCCGGAGAUUGCUCAGCAGAUAGAGAUGGACAUUUAUCGCACAUUCCCAACUCAUCGCAACUACAAGAGGCAUUCAGCGGGUACUCAGAGUCUGAAGAACGUAUUGACCGCUUUUGCCAAUUUUGUUCCUUCGGCUGGUUACACUCAGAGUUUCAAUUUCCUUGCUGCGAUAUUCCUUGUAUUCAUGGAAGAGGAGCAGGCAUUCUUGACAUUGGUACAAAUGAUUGACUCUCGCAUAUCUGGUAAGGGUCUUAACGUUUUGGGUUAUUACAAGGACGGCAUGCUUGCAUUGAAGCGGGAUGUUUUGGUGCUGGAAAUGUUACUACAACAGCGCCUUAAAAAGUUAUAUAACCACCUGAAGGCUAACGGUGUUGACUUUACUUGUGUUUGCGCUGAAUGGCUUUUGUGUCACUUUUCCAUAUCAUUGCCUAUUCCUACUGUAUUACGUAUAUGGGACGUUUUAUUUCACGAGGGUGAGAAGGUUUUAUUUCGCGUUUGCUUUGCUUUAUUUAAGGUUCACGAGAAGCAGUUACUUCGUCUAACUAUGGACCAGGAUCUUUUGAUGUAUAUGAAAUCGAUGGGUAGUGGUAUAGUUCAGCAUGAUGAAUUUUUGAAGGUUGCUUUUUACCACUUAUCAGCAUUUCGUCGUCGGGACAUUGAUGCGAUGCGCGUCUGUGCUACUCGUAUGUUGCGAGAGAACAUCAUGUCUGGUUCAAUGUAGUGCUUUGGAA